UAUAAAUUAAAAAACGUUUGAUAAUGAUUUUUGUGGAUUAUAAAUAAUUUGUGCGUUGCCCUAGGUUGGCGCAUGCUCACAUUGUGGUGGCCGGUUGGCGAAGUUACUAUGAAGGAAGAAAUAUGCACAAGAUGAAGACCUCUCAGAAAGACAAAGUCCGUCAAUUCACUUCCUGCACCCAAACUAGCGAGAAAGUUGCCAUUAUUUGUCUCGGUUUGCACGAUUGGAAACUAGAUGUAGCCGUCGAUAAUUACUUUCAUGAUCCGGACCGCUACAAUACAGACCAAUCUCGACCUCCAGUGGUGGACAAGAGAAAACUGGACGGACUCUGGGUCCGCUACAAAGAUCCUUAUGAGUCGGAUAAGAUGAUGGCUGAUGGCGUUUAUCGCUUUCUUGAAGAUCUUGGCUUAAAUCCAGAAUCCAGAAUAGUCUUGAUAAUUGCCUGGAAAUUUAAAGCAGAAACGCAAUGUGAGUUUACAAGAGAUGAGUUCUUCCAAGGUAUGACAGAUUUAGGAUGUGAUACAGCUGAUAAACUCCGUGAUAAAUGUCCAUCACUAGAACAAAUUAUUAGAGACAACACAAAGUUCAAAGAAUUUUAUCAAUUUACAUUCAAUUAUGCCAAAAAUCCUGGCCAGAAAGGUUUAGAUCUUGACAUGGCUUUGGCUUAUUGGAAUAUUGUUUUAGCUGACAAAUUCAAGUUUUUAGACUUGUGGUGCAAAUUUUUACAAGAACAUCAUAAACGAUCUAUACCAAAAGACACAUGGAACCUCUUAUUAGAUUUCUGUAAUAUGAUUAAUGAUGAUAUGAGUAACUAUGAUGAAGAAGGUGCUUGGCCUGUACUUAUCGAUGACUUUGUGGAAUAUGCACGUCCAAUUAUCCAGGGUUGCAGAAGUACCACCGUAUGAGUGUUGGCCUUCGGUUGAUCCGUCAACCUUCUUCCUACUGCUCGUGUGCCAACGUGACUAUUGCCUGCGCUUGAUACCACAAAAAUUUAAAAGCCACAAUGAUGACAUUAAAAAAAAAAAAGAAAGAAAAAAAA